CUACUAGUUAAUGUUUAGAAACACCUUUCAGGCGGGUUUUCUGUCAAUAUUUUACAGUUUAGGAUCAAAGCCUUUACAACUAUGGAGCGAACAUACUGGUGAGAGUGGUGACAUUAAAAAGGUGGUUGACGAGGAUAUUGACUCUUGUGUUUAUGAAAUUGUGGACUCAAAAAAUAUUGCAGUAACAUACAUAAGUUGCCCGGCAGAUCCAAACAAAACUUUAGGGCUUAAACUCCCUUUUUUAACAAUGAUAAUAAAGAAUGUGGAAGGCUAUUUUUCUUUUGAGAUUCAGAUUUUAGAUAAUAAAAACAUUGUGCGAAGGUUCCGCGCGUCUAAUUUUCAGACCGCAACCCGAGUUAAUCCCAGUAUUUGCACGAUGCCUCUACGGCUCGAUGCGGGUUGGAAUCUUAUACAAUUUAAUUUGAGUGACUUAACCAAGAAAAGCUAUGGCACAAAUUUUACCGAAACACUUCGCGUUCAGAUUCAUGCCAAUUGUCGUUUGCGGCGCAUCGUCUUCUCUGAGAAGUUUUAUUCGGAAGAUGAGUUCCCAGCGGACUUUAGGUUGUACCAUCCUGUAACGGUCGCUACUGACGCUUAGUAGCCACUCACGCUUUGCGUUCACGCAUACUAACUUAUUUAAUAGGA